AACAUCACUUUGAGUCGAAAAGAAUGGCUGACGUUUCGAUGCGGGCGUCCGGCAAAGGGGGCUUCCACAUCACUCAGGGUCUCGGCAAACGGCCCAAUGACGUUGGGCGCAUGAUUCGAGGAAAGAGCGCCCCUCGAAUUCGCGCAAAGUCCGAAAGCAGGCGCAUCAACUUUGACAAAACCCCUUCAUUGCGCUUUCUUCAUUCAACGUCCCAGACAGCCAUCACUGUCCGGCACGCAAAGAUGGAUCAUUACGAGCCAUCAUCCAGAAACUCACGGACGUAUCCUCAACGCGAUCGUCCACCUCNNCUCCGUCUUACCACGACGCGCCUCCCCCCACCAUCGGGCCCUCGCAGCGACAUGUUCCAAUUCCGUGGUGCCGCUGCCCGUCCUCCUGCCGACAACUAUCGUCCCGGUCCCAGAAGAGACGACUUCAAUUUCUCGGCCGGCAACAACGGCCCGUCGUUUGCACCUUCAAACAACUACCCAGGCGCCAGAAGAGCCCCUCCCAGAGACUCACGUCGCAACGGUCAGCGCAACGCUCGUGGCCGCGGUGGUCCUCGUAGAUUCGGACCCAAGCCUGCUCACGAACGUGAUUUGAUGCGACACCAGCGCGAACCCACUCCUGACCAACUGGAAGGCAUGAAUGAAAGCAGGGAGUCUCGCUUCAAGGUGCUCGACGAUCUCUCUGAUAGCGACAGUGAGGACGACGACAGCGUCAUGGAUCUUGAGGCCGAUGUCCACCAUCCCACCGACGCUUCCGCCCAGCCUUCAUUCUCCAAUCAUGCCAGCCACUCCGACGACUCCGAGGAUGAGCAUCCCAGAGCCAAACGUGCUCGAGUCAAGAGUAAGAGUCCCGAGUCCGAACAAGUGAAGCCCAAGUGGUCCAACCCCGACCCCUACACUGUGCUGCCUCCGCCUGGCGAGUCCGACGCCAAGAAGAAGGAUGUUGUCAAGCUCAUUCGCAAGGCAAAGGUCGAGGCUGCAAAGCCCGCCGCCGCUGCUGCCGAAGGCGAGGACUUCAUCUCGCUCAACUUUGACGACGACUUUGCCCAAAACAACAGCGAUGAUGAUGGUGGUAUCUCACUCGCUGGCUCUGUCAAAGGCGAGCCUUCUCUUCCACACAAACCCUCCUUCAGCCACCUAGAUCACCUUCAUCCUGAUCGCAACCUUGCUCCACCCCUUGCUGUCGAAGAGCCCAAGGGUGCCAACAUGUCAGCACCUGUACCUUUACCCCGCCUUGAUGUCUGGCCUCCACCAGCAGACGUACACGGUGACCCUUCGGGCCGCAGCCAGUACCACACCGGAGUGCAGAGACAAGAAGCCAAGGAUGCAGUGGCUCCAGUCCGUAAGGAGAACAACAAGAAGCGCAAGCGUAAGGACGACGUAACACUUGGUGAUACCAUUGAGGAAUGGAAGGCCCCUGAAGGUACUGAUCCUGCUCCUUGGUUUGCCAACAAGCUUCAAGGACCUCGUGCUGAACAAUGGCUUCACAACGAGAUCCUUGACUUUUACGACUACGUCAAGCCUCGCGAUUUUGAGAAUCAAGUCCGCGAGGAUCUGGUCAAGCGUAUCGAAAGCGCAGUCAGAAAGACUUUCCCUGACUUGAACGUUCGUGCCUUUGGAUCCUUUGCUUCCGGACUCUAUCUGCCCACUGCUGAUAUGGAUCUUGUUGCCUGCUCAACUCGUUUCCUGAACGGCGGCUUUGCCAACCCACAGCCAACGAGAAAUUGGAUGUAUAAGUUCGCCAAUUGUCUCAAAAGAGCUGGGAUCGCCAUUGAGUCGUCAGUGACCGUCAUCGCAAACUCCAGAGUGCCUCUGGUAAAGUUUGUUGAGAAAGUAACUGGUCUGAGGGUUGAUGUUUCGUUCGAGAAUGAUAGUGGACUUCUCGCCAACAAAACCUUCCAAGUCUGGACAGAGCGAUACCCUGCCAUGCCUAUCAUUGUAUCCCUGAUCAAGCAGUUCCUCGUCAUGAGAGACUUCUCUGAGGUCUUCAGUGGUGGUCUUGGUGGUUACUCGGUUAUCUGCCUGACCAUCACCGUACUCCGCGUCCUCGAGGAGCGUAACGGCCCGGACUGGGACCCCAUGCAGGCCCUGGACGCGGUUCUGAUGAAUUUCUUUGUGUACUAUGGUAGAGACUUUGAUGUUCACAAGCACGGCAUUCAGAUGGAACCCUGGAACAUCGUCACUAAGGAUAGGCUCCUCAUCAUUGACCCCAACAACUACAACAACGACAUCUCUGGAGGAUCUAGUUCCGUCGUCAAGAUCUUCGAGAGGUUCGCCGAUGCCUUCAGAGAGCUCAACAUCUGCAUGUCCGAUGCCGAGGACACACACAAGGAGAGCGGUGAUAUCAUCAGCAUUCUUGAACGUGUUUGGGGUGGCAACUAUGCGCUCUUCGAAGCCCAGCGUUCCCGUCUGAGAGCUGUAUGGCAGCAGAAUAUGGCAAGCGGCAGCAACUUCCCGCGUGGCAUUAACAACAACAACCAGGGUGGAAAGGGUCACGGCGGAUAUCAAGGUAAUCCAGGAAACCCUCCUGCUGGAAACCAAGGAAACCAGAAUAAUCAGCCACAACAGGGCAAAAGGCCCGCAGACGGUGAUUUCAAACCGAGCAAGAAGCAGAAGACGAACAACGACAACGAGAAGAAGUGGGCA